AUGACAACUAUCAAAUCUUCCACCACACUCGCUUUGGAACUCGAGGACCUGAUGGCGUCAGGCGAACAGAGCACGCCCAUGUCGCUUUCCCGUCUGGGAAACCGCGCGUUCCAUCAGUUCACGUAUACCGGCGACAUUCAGGACGUGGACGUCGCGAUACGUGCCUUCGCGAACAGCCUUUCCUUGCUCUCCGAGGAUCAGCACCAAGCAGAGAGACUCGCCAUGUUGAACAUGCUGGUUGCUGCCUAUAGCGACCGGUUCGCUAGUUUCCAAACCACCGUCGAUUUGACGCAUAUCGUAAACCACUUACGCCGCGUCGUGGACGCCGUCGUGUCAGACGCAGGCGCCGCACACAAUAGGCUCGCAAUGGCCUUGCAAACCAGGUUCGACAACCUUGGGAACCGAGAGGACGUGGAUGAGGCGAUUGCAUGCUUUCAGCGCGCAGUCGAACUCGCGAUCGAGAACGACUUCGCAUUGGUGCCCGUCUAUCUGAACAACCUCAGCAACGCCCUUCGCACGCGCUUUGACCGUUUGGACGACAUGGCGGAUUUGAAUGCUGCCAUAUCCUUCGCCGAGAAAGCGGUUGCACUACAGGGUGACGACAGUCCCUUCCUGAAUAAUCUCGGUGCAUGUCUCUUCGAGCGCUUCGAAAGGCUCGGGGAUGGAAACGAUAUCGAGGCGGCGGCCACACACUUACGACGCGCCGUUGAUUUUGCCACCGAUGAUGAAGUGUACAAGCCGCACUAUAUGCACACACUAGGCACCGUGUUGCACAAGCGCUACGAGCUGUCGAAUCAACUAGACGUUCUGGACGACUGUAUCGAGGUACUUCGACAGGCGGUACUGUUGACAGACGAGCGCGCUAUCCACUAUGCAUCUCUGCUGAGUCAUCUUGGAACCGCGCUGUGCGCUCGCUUCGAGGCACUGGACAACCCGCAAGACGUGCAGGACGCUGUCGAAAGCCAUCGCGCUGCGGUUGCGUGCACGCCUGACGAUAAUCCUGACAAGGUCACUUGGCUGAGCAACAUGGCUCAUGCAUUCCUUGUCACCUUCAUACGCGACGGGGAGGCACAAAAUAUUCAAAACGCGAUCGCGAGCUAUCGCCGAGUCGUUUCUCUUACAGACGAUGAGGAUCCGUCAUUGUGUAUCUACCUGGGCAAUCUUGGAGCCGCGUUGUCGAUGCAUGCCGAGGUGUCCGGGCGGAUGGACGACCUUGACGAAAGUAUCACGCUUUUGCAAAGAGCCCUCAAGAUCGCGCCCGCGGAUCGCGCAGAGAAGCCUAUCUGGCUUGACUCGUUGGGGAUCGCACUUCAUGACCGAUAUCGAGAUGGUCAGGAUCUCGAGGACCUGGAAACGUCCUUACUCGUGCUCCGGUCGGCUAUCGAACUCACGUCGCCGAUACACUCGAGAAGGGCGAGGCGACUGCAUAAUCUCAGCGCUACUCUAUUCAGUCGCUAUGAGCGGUUUCGAGAUUCCGAGGAUAUCGAGGCCGCAAUUGGCAAUUUACGCGAAGCGGUCGCCCUCACGGCGCAAGGUUCAGUCACGGAUCAGGCAUCUUAUCUCAGCGCGCUUGGUCUCGCAUACCAAAGCCGAUACGAAUAUCUUGGAAUGUCAGACGAUAUAGACAGCGCCAUCGCGUGUCUCACGCGUGCCGUCGAGUGCACACCAGACGGCCAUGCUGAUAAGGCUGGCUGGCUGAGCAACCUAGGGUUGGCACACACAUCCCGCUACGACAAAGGAGGGCGCGAUCCAAACGACCUCACCCGGGCCAUCAAGGCCCUGACGCGCACGUCUGAGCUGACGCCUGGCGCGCAUGCUAAACAGGCGAUCUGGCACCACAAUAUCGCCUUCGCUUACCAGAGACGCUACGAGCAUCAUGAUUUCGUGGAAGACUAUGAUUCCGCCUGUGCCGCUUAUGAGCGGGCGGUAAAGCAUGUUGAGAGCAGUGCUUUCGAUCGGUUGCGCUCUGCGCUCUACUGGGCGGAGCUAUCGUCGUCGCAAAGCCUCACCGCUGCGUUGCCCGCGUAUAGUCAUGUUCUAUCGCUCAUCCCAUCUGUGGCAUGGCUUGGUCGUAACAUAGGAACCCGCUACGAGCAGCUCUCUCAUAUGGGCCCCGCUAUUAGUGGCGCUGCGGCGGCUUGCAUUGGAAACGGCGACGUGCGCCGUGCACUCGAGUGGCUGGAGCAGGGUCGGAGCGUUGUUUGGGGACAACUACUUGCGUUGCGUUCGCCUGUGGAUGAGCUCCGGGAACAGAAUCCGGGAAUCGCGAAGGAGCUUGAAGAUCUUGCGCGUGCUCUUCAGAGUGCUGGCGCAGUGACAGCGCGCCCAGGAAUGACGUCGAGAGAGAAGAAGGCGCGCAUGAACCUAUCGACAUCCCGAUCUUUGAGCGAUGAAGCGCAGAAGCAUAGCCAACUAGCGAGAGAGUACGAGAGCACCAUCGAGCAUGUGCGAAAGCUCCCUGGAUUCGACAGGUUCUUGAAACCAAAGAGGGCGGAAGAGCUUCUCCUCGCUGCCGAAAGUGGCCCAGUUGUCCUCAUCAACGUGCACGACUCGCGCAGCGACGCCCUCGCUGUAUGCAAAUCUGGAGAAAUCGUACAUGUUCCACUACCCGGCCUCAAUACAGCCCUCGUGAAGCGUAUGCACUAUAGGUUAGGCUUGCAUUUGAACGCUAUCGGUGUCCGAGAUCGUGCCUUCCUGCUGAAGAAGAGUGGACUGUCUUCUAUACCUAUCCAUGCUCAUGGAUGGAGUCAGGCACCAUCGCCUAUUUUCGAGAGAAUCCUCGGCACUCUAUGGGUUUGCGUAGUUCAGCCUAUUCUCUCAGCAUUGGAAUAUGCCCUUUAUGAUGCGGCGCAAAGUCGCAUACCUCACGUUACCUGGUGCACGACAGGGCCCCUUGCCUAUCUACCUCUCCAUGCAGCCGGGAUAUAUGACGGAUCGGUGGCAAUGAAGUCAUCCGACUUCGUGGUCUCUUCUUACACACCUUCGCUAUCGACAUUGAUCGAAGCUCGUCGUCGUGCUAGAGGGAGGUUGAUCGACCUCGAGCUCCCUCGUCUGCUCGUCGUUGCUCAGCCAAAUACGCCGAAUCAGAGUCCACUGCCGGGUACCAUGGAAGAACAGCGUCUCGUCUGUGCGCAUUUCAAGGAAGGAGUCAAGAUCCUCAACGACUCCGACGCAACGGUCUCCGGUGUAUUGCAGGGCAUGGCGGCACAUCCUUGGGCACACCUUGCAUGCCACGGGAUGCAAGUGCCCCGUAGCCCCACUGAGAGUGCAUUUGCACUUCACGACGGCCACUUAUCCAUAGCGGAGUUGAUGUGUACGGAUCUUCCGCGAGCAGAGCUUGCGUUCCUCUCGGCGUGCCAGACAGCGACGGGAGAUGUGAAUCUUCCGGAUGAAAGUGUUCAUCUCGCCGCCGCCAUGCUUUCAGUUGGGUACACAAGUGUCAUCGGCACUAUAUGGAGCAUUGGAGACGAAGAUGCGCCAAUCUUGGCCAACGCCUUCUACGCGAGGGUGUUAGAGGACAUCGGAGGUAAUCAGGUUGGAUCAAGGACGGCGUACGCAUUACAUGAUGCAGUGGAAGAGCUGAAAGUGAGGAUUGGAGAACACAACUUUGCAAAAUGGGUACCCUUCGUUCACUAUGGACUGUAG